AAUUGUUAAUGUUACUCUAACGGACAUGUUUUAUGAUAAAAGGUCUAAGACAUUAGUGAUACUUGUUAUGUCACAUCUCUCUUCUCUGUAAACAUUAAUCUCAAAUAACAUUGAGAGGGAAAAUAUUCUAAGGUGACCUUCACCAAAUUCUUUAAAUUCUCUUUUAGCCUUUUCAUAUUUUUGAAAACACUCUCCCGUUUACUUAUAAGCAAGAAGAAUCAGACGAGUUCUUCGUAUUGUUGUUGUGUAGAUGUAUGUAGAACUUGGGUAAAUGUUCUGGGUUGACCGUUGACCAACAAAUGCAAAAUGCGUAGCCAAAGCUGCAGUUUCCGGUUUAAUACGGUUCGGUUGAGUCAAUACUCGUGAUUUAGUAUAAUCCGGUUCGGUAUAUUGCUCAUUAAGUUUUGCAACAUCACGAGUCAGGCUUAUCGUUAUCGUCUCCAAUGAGAAGCUAACAUUCAGAGCUUUAAUGGCGAUAUCUUCACCUUCGUUAAUACCAUCAUUCCCUCACGGAGAAACCAUCUCUAACCCUUUAAAACCCGACACUUCGAAUCCACCAAACCCGAUUCUUCAAAUCUCCAAAUGCACUUCCCUAAGAGAGCUGAUGCAGAUACACGCUUACGCCAUCAAAUCUCACCUCUACAACCAGAAAGAUCAUUCCUUUAUCACAAAGCUGAUAAAUUUCUGCACCGAAACUCCCACGACGUCUUCGAUGGCUUACGCACGCCACCUGUUCGACGUAAUGCCUGAACCAGACAUCGUGAGGUUUAACUCCAUUGCUCGUGGGUAUUCUCGUUCGUUGAACCCUAUUGAGUCUUUCACUCUCUUCGUUGACGUCUUAGAAGGUGGGAUGGUCCCUGAUCACUACACGUUCCCGUCUCUUCUCAAAGCUUGCGCAGCUGCAAAAGGGCUUGAGGAAGGUAGACAGUUGCAUUGUCUUUCGAUGAAGAUAGGGCUUGAUGGUGAUGUAUUUGUUUGCCCUACGCUUAUCAAUAUGUACACCGAGUGUGAAGACGUGGACGCUGCUAGACGAGUCUUUGAUAGGAUCCUUGAACCGUGCGUUGUUUCUUACAACGCGAUGAUAACUGGCUACGCGAGGAGGAACAGACCGAACGAGGCGUUAUCCUUGUUCCGUGAGAUGCAAGGUAAGAGCUUGAAGGUGAAUGAGAUCACCCUUUUGAGUGUUCUGUCUUCUUGUUCGCUUUUGGGGUCGUUAGGUUUAGGGAAGUGGAUACACGAGUACGCUAAGAAACACGGGUUCUGUAAGUAUGUAAAAGUAAACACGGCUCUGAUCGAUAUGUUUGCUAAAUGCGGUAGCUUGGAUGAUGCUGUGUCUCUAUUUGAGAGGAUGAGAUGUAAGGAUACACCAGCUUGGUCGGCGAUGAUUGUAGCUUACGCGAACCACGGGGAAGCGGAGAAGUCUAUGUUGAUGUUUGAGAGGAUGAGAUUUGAGAGUGUUCAGCCUGACGAGAUCACGUUUCUCGGUCUGUUAAACGCUUGCAGCCACAGGGGUUUAGUGGAAGAAGGGCGUGAGUACUUCUCAAGGAUGGUUAACGAGUUCAAGAUUGUUCCGAGUAUUAAGCAUUAUGGUUCUAUGGUGGAUCUUCUCGGUAGAGCUGGACGUUUAGAUGAUGCGUAUAGGUUCAUUGAUACACUCCCUAUUAGGCCAACACCUUUGUUAUGGAGGAUUCUCUUGUCUGCGUGUAGCAGCCAUAACGAUUUGAAGCUAGCUGAGAAGGUUAGCGAAAGGAUCUUUGAGGUAGAUGACUCACACGGUGGCGAUUACGUGAUCUUAUCAAACCUAUACGCGAGAAACAAGAAAUGGGAAGAUGUGGAAUCUUUGAGAAAGGUGAUGAAAGAUCGAAGAGCGGUGAAAGUCCCAGGGUGCAGCUCCUUAGAGGUGAAGAACGUGGUUCAUGAGUUUUUCUCAGGGGAUGGUGUGAAGUCUAAUACACACACAAAGCUUCACAGAGCACUAGAUGAGAUGGUGAAAGAGCUAAAGCUUGCAGGGUAUGUUCCUGAUACAUCAGUGGUGGUUCAUGCGGAUAUGGAUGACUAUGAGAAGGAGAUUACGCUUAGGUAUCACAGCGAAAAGCUUGCGAUUGCGUUUGGAGUGUUGAAUACUCCUCCAGGGACAACGGUUCGGGUUGUGAAGAAUCUGAGGGUGUGUAGAGAUUGCCACAAUGCAGCUAAGUUAAUCUCUGUUGUGUUUGGUAGGAAAGUUGUUCUUAGAGAUGUUCAGAGGUUUCAUCAUUUUGAAGAUGGUAAAUGUUCUUGUGGUGAUUUUUGGUGAUGCCCAUACGCAGAAACAACAAUGUAGUUUGUUGUAUUUUUAAGUGUAUAGUUUCUAUACAGUGAUUUUAAAGCGGACCUAAAAUGUUUAUUCGAUCUAGUGUUUAGUUUACACAAUGGUCGAUUACUAAUACAAUCUUCCGAGGAAUUAAAAGCA